AUGAUAUAUUUCUUAUUUUCAGGCGGCUCAGGGCAUAACACGCCUAACCUUAUGUCAGCAUCAUUGCCGGGAAACAAAAGAGUUGGGAAUUUCACAGCUCCCUCUAGUCAAUCUAUUACCAAAAAGCGAAAGAGUCCUGAGGUUUCUCUAGAAGCUGCUCCUACAGAUUCUAAUAAAGGAAGAAAAAAGAUACCACGAGCUGCUAAGGUGGAUAACAAUGUAGCUAAUGAGUCAUCUGUUAUCACAUCAAGUGUGGCAAAGUGUUUGUUUGACAGUUCAGACUUGUCACCUCCGACCAAUCCAUCUUGUCUGAGUACACCACAAAGUCAAGUAUCUCCUCAGAGUGAUGUAUCUAUCACUCCUACAAACUGCACAAUCGUCACUAAGGAGAGAAUCACAGUCAGUCCUCACAAGCAAAAUCCUUCUUACACUGUGGAAAGGAGCCAUAUGGUUUCUUCUUUCUCCCCAAUCAAGUCUAAUGCAAAGAUGUCGAGUAAAAGAGAUCAUGUGAAAGGACGGCUCAACUUCGAUAACGCUGAAGCAACAAUGAACUUAUCCCCACCUGCUUCUGGAGAUUUUGUUUCGACUUCUUCAUCUGGCUCCGAAGCAGAAGUUGAUUUGUUUGAUAUAGAUUUUCUGAGCGAGAACUUUCCAUUCUCGGAAGUGCUUGUCGAUUUCGAUAUUGCUUGUCAAGGAAUGCCAGACCCUUGCCUGCCACAACCAUCAAACUGUUCCUUUCAGUUAGCCUAAGCAGGCUUCUAGAAAGCUUUAACAGUAAUGUAGAUCACACAGUUUUGAAAUUAAAGAAUGCAAUCCUUCAUUUA